GGGUUUGGCUCAGAGCACUAUGAACGCGAAUUUCACCACCAACUUCUUCGGAGGUUACUUGCGCGUUGAUGUCGGACCCAGUCGCAAUCAGAUCCGCGUGCAGGCGAACCUACCGGACUGGAUUAAGUCGGUUACACCCAAGCAGGAGUACAUUGUGGAGAAAUACCCUCUGCCGUCCAGCUUCUCCUCCCUCACGGACGUCAAGCACAUCAUCAUGUCCUUCAGCCCUUCCUCCUGCUACCCCAUCUACAACACCACCAAAGUAACACCUGACCAGGCCGUCCCUGCAUACCUCGCGUCAGGCACGGACAUCUGCCUCUCCUGCUACGUCUACCUCACCUUCUCCUUCCUGGAUGAAGCCACAGCGAGUCAGAUCGGCAGCAUUUGCACGGAAACAGACAAUGGCAUGCUUCGUGGAUACAUCUGCUCCACAGACGAGGGUGCUGACGUCACGGUGGCGCAGGCGUUUGGGAGUCCGCCGGUGGUGAAUGGCGGCGGGACGUCGGUGGGGUUUCUCUACACGGAGAUGUUUGUGCGCCAGCCCGCUGGCUCCACCAUGCGCCUCCCCUCCAUCCGCGUCGACCCCCUAGCCAUGAAGGGAAUCGGGUACAUCAUGGUGCCAUCCAAGGGACCUACUCCUCUCCCUGGGGCCUUUGACGCCAUGCCCUUCAUUGCAGGCAACAACAGCAAGGCUGUGGGUGUUGGGCUAGUGUUCCCAAUUACCCUGGUCACUCAGGCGUCGCUCGCAACUACCCCGUUCAGCAGCAACACAGUGCAGACAGUCACACCCACCGCCUUCCCUGCCCUCUCCAUGAGUGCUCCUGCCAACCAGUCGCUCACUCUCAAUGCCAGCAUCGUUCCCCCUGCUGCCCCUGGUGCCGCUGCCGCCUCAUACAACCUCUCCUUUUACAUCGGCAAUGACGUGAAUACAACUGGCAAAGCUUCUGCUCGUUUCCGCGCAACCUGGAUGGUAGUGAUGUUUGCACUCCCUGCCCUCCUGACCGUUAUAUACGCGACAGUCGCGAUGACGAUCAGCCGCAUCCCUCCGUCCGACACGGUUCUCGAGGCGUCGCAGAAUACGACGAUGACGAUUCCCCCGCGGACGACGCUCAGAGAGUACCUCGAUAAGAUCACGGACCCGUUAGAAGCGGAGCUGCGGACUCGUUACUGGCUGCCGCACAUCACGGAUAUCGAUCCUGAUUCACCGUCGUUCUACUCCACGUUUUGCACAAAGACAAGCUGUCCGCUGCUGCCUCUCGAUAAGGGCGCGUCGUUCGUGGACCACGACACGCACGAGCUUGGCACCACGUCGCUCUUCGUGCACGAUAAUGACAAAGUGCUGCUCAAGACCGUGAAGUACUCGCAUCCCAUGACGGCCGAUGCCUCAUCAGAGGAGGACUGCCAGUUCGUGCAGCACUGGCUGGUGCGAGCGGGAGCGAGGCCGCGCAUUUACUUCAAGCCGCAGGACGUGCGCGCUGCUGUUGUGACGUGCGGAGGGCUCUGCCCUGGGCUCAAUGACGUCAUUCGCCAGGUGGUGAUGACGCUCAACACGUACGGAGUGAGUGACAUUCGAGGCAUCAAGUAUGGCUUCCGGGGCUUCUUCGAUUCCUCCCUGCACAUACCACUGAACCGCGCAGUGGUGGACAACAUUCACCUCAUGGGCGGGUCGUUCCUGGGCGUGUCUCGAGGGGGCUCCAACAGCCUUGAUAUUGUCGACUCCAUUCAGAAGGAGGGGAUCAACAUGCUGUUUGUGAUUGGUGGAAAUGGCACCCACGCUGGAGCUCUGGCCAUUCACAAGGAGUGCUACAAGCGCGGAAUGAAGGUGGCGGUGGUGGGAGUGCCCAAGACCAUUGACAACGACAUUCUGCUGCUGGACCAGACGUUUGGCUUUGACACGGCUGUGGAGGAGGCUCAGAGGGCGCUGCACGCCGCCUAUGUGGAGGCGUCCAGUGCAUACAGAGGCAUUGGCAUCGUGAAGCUCAUGGGGCGGCAGAGUGGUUUCAUUGCCAUGCACUCGUCGCUUGCCAGCGGGCAGGUGGACAUAGCUCUCAUCCCUGAGGUGCCGUUCUGUCUGGAGGGUCCCAACGGGGUGUUGCAGCAUCUGGAGUAUCUCCUGGACCGCCAGGGCCACGCCAUCAUCUGUGUCGCCGAGGGUGCAGGGCAGGACCUCGUGCAAGGGGAGGGCGGCACAGACGCGUCCGGGAAUCCAAUCCUGUCGGACAUUGGGGUCUUCCUUUUGAAGCAGGUCCGGCGUCAUUUCAAGUCCAUCAGACGGCCAGCGGACGUCAAGUACAUCGAUCCGACGUACAUGAUCCGAGCGUGCCGCGCGAACGCGUCGGACAGCGUGAUGUGCGCCGUGCUGGGGCAGAACGCUGUUCACGGCGCGUUUGCCGGCUACAGCGGCAUCACCGUGGGAUUGGUUAACUCUCACUACGCGUAUAUCCCGAUCCCCGAAGUUAUCAGGCACGCGCGGCCCGUAGAUCCCAACGGUCGCAUGUGGCACCGGUGUCUCACGGCCACGGGUCAGCCGGACUUCAUUCGGGUGCAACAAUAA